UUCAAAUUUGUGUACCAUAUUUCAAAAUGCUCAUUUAAUUAAAAAUAAAAAAAAAAAAAUUUUUUUUUUUUUAUAUAACGAAAAUUUUUAAUUUAAUUUUUUUUUUUUCUAUUAUUUAUUUUUAUAUAAAUUAAAAAUUAAAAAAAAAUAAAAAAAUCGCAUAAUUUUUUCAUUUGAAAAUCGAAAAGAGAAAAAAAAAUUCCCACAUAAUUGACAUAUAAAAUAAAAAGAAGUCCCGUGAAUUUUUUUUUUGUAUUUGUGUGCGUGCGUGUGUUAAACACACUAAGUAUAUGCGGCCGUAUAUCGAAAAUUAAAGAUCAACAUUAUUUAUAAUUAAAAAAAAAAUAAUUUUAUACAAUAAAAUAAUAAUAAUAAAAGUUAAUAAAAAUCACAAAAAAAAAAAAUUUUUUUAUAAGAAAAUUCUUUUAUAAAUGUUACGCAAUAAUGAAAUAAAUAUAUGGAUAAGAAAAUUUUUAAUAAAAUUAAAGUGGAAAUAUAAAUUUUAUUUAUAACAACAAUAUAAAUAUUAUAAAAAUAUAAUAAUUGUUUUCUAUUUUAAUUAAUGAAAUUAAAAAAAUUAAUUAAUAUAUAUAUAAAAAAAAAAUUAAAAAAAAAAAAAUAACAAAUAAAAUCAAUUUUAUAUUUAAAUAUACAUAGUAUUAUAAGAAAGAAACUCAUCUAUACAAAAAUAAAAAUUUUUAUAAAGUUCGUUUUUUUUUUACUUUUAAAUAAAAAAAAAAUUUUUACACAUUAUUUGUACGUGAACAUCCAAAAAAAAAAUUAUUUCAAAAUGCAUCGUAUGUAUCCAAUGUCAAAAGGUGAUCAAUUAUGUCCAUUAGGAUUUCAUCCGCAAGUAAGAUGGCCAACACGUUGUAAAAGAUGUUUUCGUGAUUAUAAGGAGCAUGGUGGCAAAAGUCGUGCUGAUGAAGCAGUUGCUGCAUCAUCACCAAAUAUAUCAGAUGCUAGUUCAAUAUCACGUUCACAACGUUCUUGGACAUCAACACAAAAUCUUUCUAGUGCUGAUACAAAUAGUAAUGGUGAUAUUGUUGUUCACUAUAACAUAGAAUUACGUAAAAGACCAAGUUCAUGGAAUUCAACUCCAGACUUAGAUGAAAAAUCAGCAAACAACAAUAAUAAAAGCACAACAACUACAAAUAAUAGCAGCAAUCAAUCAAAUGACGUUAAUGUUUCUGUCAAACUUCAACUACCAAAUAGGAGGCAUACCACAAUCAUUGAUACAAAAGAAUUAGAAGAAAGUUUAUCAAAAGAAAGACCGCCAGUACCACCAACAAGAUCAUCGUCUUCAUCGGCAGUCAAAGAAGAUAUUGUUAUAUUAAAAUCUGAUUCACUAGCGGAACGAGUUAGAAAAAUGAAUUUAUUAAAAAAACAAAAUAGCCAAGAAAGAGAAGCAAGCCGAGAAAGAAGUAGAGAACGAAGUCUACCAAAGAAAGUUGAAAAGGAGAAAUCACCAGUAAAAGAAAAAUCACCGGUUUCAAUUCCAGAACCACCACCACCUAGACCGGAUCGUGAUGCAAAGAAACGUUUAUCAUUACCAGUAGAAUCUUCUUUACCACCGAUUAAAAAAAUUGAAACACCCAAAAAGAAAGAAAUUACAUUAACGAAAAAGACAACAGUGAUUACAGCUGCAGCAAAUAAUCAUGAAGAAACAAUUAAAAAAGAUGUUCAAUUUUUAAUGCAAAUUAAAGACAAAAAUUUAGAAAGAAAAAAGAAACAAGAUGAUUUAUCAUCAAUAACAACUGAAUCAACUGAUACAACAAUUGUUGCAGCAUCUGAUUAUCAUUUAAAAGAAGAAAUAAAACAAUUACAAGAAGAUUUAGCAUCAAUGAAAGCACGAGCUGAAAAAGCUGAACGCGAAAAAAGUGAUUUAUUAUUACGACGUCUUGCAUCCUUAGAUACAACAACAAAUCGUACAGCUGCCUCUGAAGCAUUAAAAUUACAAGAAAAAGUUAAUGAAUUAAAAAAUCAAGUAGAUGAAUUAAAAGAAGACAAAAAGAGUUUAAAUACUAAAUUAAAACAAUUAGAAACAAGAUCAUCAAAAUCAUCAGAAGAUGAUUUACGAAAAAAAUUAAAAGCUGCCGAACAAUUAUGUGAGGAAUUAAUGGAUGAAAAUAAUAAAGUGAAAAGAGAAUUAAGAGGUGUUGAACAAGAAAUGGAUGAAAUGCAUGAUAGUUUUCGUGAGGAUCAAGCAUCCGAAUACACAAAUUUGAAGAAAGAGCUAGAAGCACAAACGAAAAAUUGUCGUAUACUUAGUUUUAAGCUAAAGAAGUCUGAAAGAAAAAUAGAAACUUUAGAACAUGAAAAACAACAGCAUUCCUCAAUUGAUUUGGCAAAUAAAGUUAAAAUAUUAGAAAAUGAUUUAAAAUUAGCUAAUGAACUUUCAAGGAGAUUACAGGCUGAAAUCGAUCAAAAUAGUAAAACUCCUGGUAUUAUUAAAAAAGCACCAAUUUUAGCAACAAUCGGUAAAUCAACAUCUGCUGACAGCGGACGUCAUACGAGGGCUUCAUUAACACGUGGUGGAUCACAAGAAGAUCCUGAACAAAUACGCCGUGAUCUACAAGAUUCUUUAGAAAGAGAAGCAGAUUUAAAAGAACAAUUGAAAUUUGCUGAAGAAGAGAGUCGUAGAUUAAGGCAACGCCGAAAAAUAUCAAUUAGAUUACCACAAGAAAAUCGUGGUGUUCAAACUGAAGAAGUUGGUUUACUUUUAAUUCCAACUGGAACUCAAACAUAUAAUAAUGACUUUAAUGAUAUCAAUUAUUCAGAUUCUAAUAAUAAAACUAUGAUAUUAAAUAAAAAAGAAACAUGUGAUGUAUCAAUAGAAUGUGAUAUUUUAAGGUAUUAUAAUAAUGAUAAUAAAAAUAUGAUUGAUGUAUCGAUUAAUACUGAUGGUAUAAAAGAAAUUGAAAAAAUUGAUAAUUCAAUAAAUACAGAUUAUAUUGAAAAGAUUGAUGUUUCUAUCGAAACAGAAAAUAAUGAUAUAUUUUAUAAUUUAAACAAAAUUAUUGAAAAAGUUGACAAAUUAUCAAUUAAUAAUAAUAAUAAUAAUAAUGAUCUGCAAUAUAAUAACGAUCAAACAGAAAGCGAUCAUGAAUCUAAUAUGAUUUUACCAAUAAAUUCUAAUAAAAAUCAUAAUUAUAUUGAGAAAAAAGAUGCAUAUACAUUUACUGAUGAAAGUUAUAUUACUUUAACAACUCAAACAAUUGAAGAUAUUAAUGAUGAAAGUUUACAAGAAUUAAUUUUAACUAAAACUGAAAUACGCUCAGUUAGUAGCGUUUAUACACAAACUGAUGAUAUUAAUAAUUAUCAUAAUAAUGAUAAUAAUAUUAAUAAUGAUAAUACAAUUAUUCAUAAAGAAAAUAAUAUGAAUGAUGAUAUUUCAAAUAAAGAAUUAUUAGAUAAAAUAAAAUUAAAUAAAACAAUAUUUAAUGAUGAAAAUAAUAUUAUAAGAGAACCAAGCCCAAUGGCUUCAUCUGGAUUAUUCGGUGUUGCAAAAUCAGUGGGAUUUUUCUUCCCAAAAUGUAUUUCAGAAGCUUUAGUAUUUGCUACAACAGGUCAAAAACCUUCGACAACAUCAAAUCGUCCAGAACCAUUACAUGAACGUGAUGAAGGUAUUUCUGAUGAAGAUGAUCCAGCUGAAUUACGUUUAUUGUUAGAAGUUAAUGAACAUGAAGCAUCUAUUUUACGAUUAAGAGUUGAAGAUCUUGAAAAUGAAAAUAAAGAAAUUAAAAAUCAAAUAAAAGAACUUCAAGAUAAAUUAAAAGCAUCAAAUGAUUCAAAUUCAACUACAACAACAAAAAAAUCUUUAUCAAUAUUAUCUUCAAAGAAUUCCAAUGAUAAAAAGGUUAAACAACUGGAAGAUGAAUUAGCACAAUUACGUAAAAAUAUUGCUGAAAAGGAACGUACAAUAACAACAUUACAAGGUGAGAUUGCGGAUAUUAAAAAAAAAUUAACAAUUAAUAAUCAGCCACCAGCUCCAAUAGAUACAAAUAAUAAUGUUGACUAUAAAAAACAACUUGAAAUAAUUGAAAAAGAUGCAGAAAUUUUACGUUCUAAAUUAAUAAAUAUCGCGAAGGAAAAUGAUAAACUUGUUUAUGAAAAUCGAAAAUUAUUAGUACUUGCAUUGCGUAACAAAAAUAAUAAUAAUAUUAAUAAUAAUUCUAAUUUAAUUAAUGGUCCAUCUAAAAUAAUAACAACAAAUAAUAUAAAUGAUAAUAUUAAUGAAUUAAAAGAAUCACUUAAUGUUGCCGAAAUGGAACGUGAUCUUUAUAAAAAUCGUUUAAUAAUUAUGAAAUUAGAAAGUCAUAUUUAUUUACCACCAAGAACACCAAAAGAUCCUAAUGAAACAAUAACAAGAGUAACAUUACAAAAAUGGGUAAGGGAAUUGGAAGAAGAAAUUGCUGAACUUAGGGUUAUGGUAUGGAAUUGUAGUGCAGAAAAACAAAAUAAAUUAGAAAGUGAAAAUGAAAAUUUAGAAGCAGAUUUAAAAUUGGUAAAGGAUGAACUUGAGGAACUUAAAAAAUGCAAAACAGUAUCGGCAUUACCAACCGAAAAAGAGAAAGAAUUGGAACAAAAAUAUAAAAAAUCUGAUGAAGAAUGUAAAAAUUUAUCUGGAAAAGUUAAGGAUUUAGAAAGUAAAAUUAAAAAAAUGGAAACUCAAGUGACAAAAGCAGAAUCAUCAAAGAGUUUAGGUGAUGCUAAACUUAAAUAUGAGAGAGAUAAAGUUGCUACAAUUGAAAAAGAUUUAGAAAAAGAGAAAAAAGAACGUGAAAAAUGGGAGAAGAGAACAAGUGAAUUAGAUGAUGAAUUGACAUUAGCUAAUAAAAAUUUAGAGAAAAUUAAAACAACAUUAGAAAAAGAAAUUAAAGAUCUUAAAAGUAAAGUUGGAACACCAAAAUUAGAUUCAUCUGCAACAUCUAAACAAUUAGCUGAAAUGAGAAAACAAAAUGAAGAUUUAUUGGCAAAUGUAGCAAGAGAAAUGAAAAAAUAUUCUGAAUUAAAUGCAAAAUAUGAGAAUUUAUCAGAGGAAAAUGUUUUAAUGAAAGCUCAAUUAGCAAUGGAAAAGAAAAAUUUAGAAUCAGAAAAAUCAACAAUAAAACAAAAAUUAAAUGAAUAUGAUUUAUUAAAGGCAGACAAAACGGAUCUACAAAGAAAAUUAGCAAUUGCUGAAAAGACAAUUAGAGAGAACGAACAAAAAAAUAUGAAAAGUAGUAGCGCCGAAUAUGAAAAGAAAUUAUUAAAGAGUACAUUAGAAGAAAAAGAAGUCGAAUAUAAUCGUUUGAAAAGGGAAAAUGAAAUGAAUGUUGAUUUGGUAUUCCAAGCAAGAAAGGAAAACGAAGAUUUACUUCAAAAGUUAAAAGAUUAUGAAAAAAUUAAUAAAGCUCAAGCAUCAAUGUCAUCUUCAAAUACUUCUCUUGAAAAUGAAAUUAAAGCUUUGAAAAUCAAACUUGAAAAUACCGAAUUGAAUUCAAAAUCUGAGGUAGCUUCAACUCGACUCCGUUACGAACAACAACUUAAAAACUUAAGUGCUGAAAUAAAUUCAAUGCAAAGGCAAUGUGAAAGAUUUAAAAAAGAUCGUGAUUCAUUUAAACAAUUAUUAGAACUUGCUCAAAAACAGAUUGGAGAGCUUAAACAUAAUACUGGAAGUGGACGACAAAGUAGAAGUUCAAGAAGUAGUGGUGACGAAGAUGAUCUUAAGGGAAGAAUUAUUGGUUUAGAACAACAGAUUGGCUGCUUAGAGGAUCAACUAAGUGAAGCACGUCUGGAAUCAAGUAAAUACAAAAAUCAAUUAGUUUCAGAACGAACAUCAAAUGAGAUAAAAAUUGCCGAAAUGACAUCAAAAUUAAAUGAAUUUGAAGAAGAUCGUGUAAUAGGUUCAGGAAGAACAAGAGUAGCUGGUGUUAAAACAAAAUUAGAACUAUCAUGGCAAAAAGAACGAGAAGAGCAACAGAGAAUUUUACAAGAAACAUCAACACUGGCACGUGAUCUUAGGCAAACUCUAUUUGAAGUUGAACGUGAAAGAGAUAAAGAACGUAUUGAAUCUAAACGUAAAUUAGAACAAUUGAAACGAACUCAGGAUGAAGAAGUUGAAGAAAGCCGAAAGAAAGUUUCUGAAUUACAAUGUGAUUUAUUGGAAUUAAGAGAUGCUCAUGCUAAACUUCGUACCGCAAAUGAAAAAUUACGUCGUGAACGUGAAAGAUAUGAAAAGGAAUUAUUAAGGCGAAAAUUAGAACAAGAUGGUGAUCGAAAAGUUGGCACAUUAUUACAAACUGUUGAUGAAUUAGUUAAAAUAGCUCCAGAUCUUAAAAUUGCAACAACUCAACAAAAUAGAGUAUCAAGUAGUAACAGUUUAAGACCAGAUUCAGCAUCAAUGAGAAGAAGUCAAAGCCCAUCACCAUCUAAUGUUACUGCCGAUCAAAUAUCUAAUGUUUUAGCAAGAUUAGCAGAAGCAUCAGAAGAAUUAAGAAGAUAUCAAAGAAUGACUGAAGAUGAAAUGGAAAGAAAUCGUAUACGACGAGGUAGUAAUCUAAGAAGAGCUGCAUCAACAGAAAAUGAUGGUAAUAGUAGUGGAACAAUACCAAGAGCACCUGGUCGUUUACAUAGAAGUCAAAAUGGUGGUUUAGUUCGUAAAAGUUUAAGUUUAGAUCAAGCUAACAAAGCUGAUCAGUCUAUUUGGAGACAAGAUGAUGGUAGUAUGUCAUCAAUACAAUCAAUAGAUUCUGAAAUGGGUGGUGUAGGUCUUAUUAGAGAUUCUGAUUUAGAUUCAAGAUUAUCGGGUGGUUCAACACAAAGUGAUAUUCCAAGACAACCAAGGAAAAAGAAACGUAGUCUUAUGGGUAAAUUAAGAAGUUUAACAAAAGGUGGACGAAAUGCUGAAAGUGAGGGUUCGAUGCAAGGUUCAGAUUCAGAUAUUAGCAUGUCAAGUGAUCUACGAAGCAGUAAAAGAGACUUAAAAGAUCGUCUAUCUGGUAUGUUUAGAAGAUCUGGUUCACAAUCACGUGGUAAUAGUACAGAAAGAUUGCCUGAUUCACAAAGACCCGUAGCAGUUACAGUAGUUGGAGGAGCUGAAGAUAAUACACCAAAAUACUCGCCAAUAACAAAUAAUGUUAAUUCAAUAAAACCAAUUAAUAAAGCAGUUACAAAACCACCAACUCCAACAACGCCAGUUUUGAGGCGAAGAGUAGCUAAAUAAAUAUUAAAUUUGUAUUUUAUAUAUUAAUUGAAAAUUAAAAAAAAAAAAAAUUAUGUUAUUAUGUUGACUAUUCCUUAUGACCAUUACAUAUUUUUUUUGUUUUAUAAAUUGUUUUACUUUAUUUUUAUUUCAUUUUUCAUUAUUUAUUAAUUUUUCUUUAUAAUUAUUAUGGUAUGGUAAUCAUGAGAAAAAAAAAAGUAUUUGUAAAAAUAAAAUUGUUUUCUUUUCUUUUUAAAAUUGAAA